GCCAACUGCGUAGGAACGCACCUCGCUCUGCAACUGUGACAGUCUAGCCUCUCUCUCCCCGUAUUUUAAUCCCUGGCUCCUGUACCCUGAGCUGUCUCCACUGCUACCCUGCUAGAGAAGAGUACGUCUGCUUGCAAAGUGGGAGGAUGAAUCUGUGGGUAGACCUUCUGUUCAUCUCACAGGUGCUGUUGCAGCUGGGCUCCAAUGUGCAAGCUCAAGGCACAGUCUAUGACCUGCUUGUGUCACCGGACUGCUUGCCAGAUCUUCUACAGCGGGGCCUGCAGGACCAGUCAGUCGAUGAAGUUUUCAUACUCUCAACAUUUCAGCUCCAAACCAAGACCCUGACCCAGAUAUUCAACCUUUAUAACCCCAAAAAUAACAACAAGUAUUUUGAGUUUUCUGUGUAUGGGAAGCCUAACAAAGCGAUUGUGCGGUACCUGAAGGGAGACGGAAAGCUGGCCUCUGUCACCUUCAACAACAUGCCGCUGACAGACGGGCGGAGCCACGCCAUCAUGUUCCACUUGAGCGGACUGCGGAAGGGCGUCGGCAGCAUGGACGUCUACGUUGACUGCAAGCUCACGGAGACGGUGGCGGACGUGCCCGCCGCCUUCAAGGGUCUGCCCCCGGGAGAAAACACGGUGGGGCUGAGGACCAUGCCGAACAGAGCCCGUGACACCCUGGAGGACCUGAAGCUCGUUUUUGGUGACUCAGUGGACAAUGUUGCUUCUUUGCAAGAUUGCAACUUGCAUCAAAGUGACUCGCAAAUGUUGGGUGCCAAUACGAAACAGCUGUCCAAUCAGAUGAUCGAGCUCACCAGGGUGAUCUCAGAGCUGAAAGACAUCCUCCUACAGCAGGUCAAGGAAACUGCCUUCCUGAGAAAUACUAUUUCUGAGUGCCAAGCCUGCAAGCUGACUGACAGCAAUGACAAAGAUCCAGACCCGUCCGACGACGCGCCGUGCACCCCGGGGUCAUGUUUCCAGGGCAGCACGUGCGUUAGGACGAAGGACGGGGUGCAGUGCGGACCGUGUCCUGAAGGGUACACCGGCGACGGAGUGAGCUGUGAUGAUGUCGAUGAGUGCCAGUUUAACCCUUGCUAUCCCGGAGUGAAGUGCGUCAACACGGCCCCAGGCUUCAGGUGUGAGGUCUGUCCAAUUGGCUUGACCGGAACACCUGUCGAGGGAGUGGGCAGGGCAUACGCACUAACACACAAGCAGACAUGUAAGGAUGUAGAUGAAUGCGCAGGACCCAGCAAUGGAGGCUGCACUGCCAAUUCUCACUGCCAUAACACUGUGGGCUCGUUCUACUGUGGGACCUGUAAGACCGGAUUCACGGGAGACCAGGGGAGUGGCUGCCGCCCUGAGGGAACCUGCGGGGGGGACGACCAGGUGAACCCCUGCGGGGACAACGCUAACUGCGUGGUGGAGAGGGACGGCUCCAUCAGCUGUGUGUGUGGCAUCGGCUGGGCUGGCAAUGGCUACCUGUGUGGAAAGGACACUGAUAUUGACGGAUAUCCUGACGCAAAGCUCUCGUGCAAGGAUGAUAAAUGCAAAAAGGACAAUUGUGUCUACAUCCCCAACUCUGGCCAAGAGGACGCGGACCAGGACGGCCAAGGUGAUUCGUGCGAUAGAGACGCGGAUGGGGAUGGCAUUUUGAAUGAGGACGACAACUGCUGGCUGAAGCCCAAUACCGAUCAGAGGAACAGCGACAAGGAUAACCACGGCGACGCCUGUGACAACUGCCGCACCACGGACAACCCUGACCAGCGGGACACGGACGGCGACGGCAAGGGGGAUGCCUGUGACGACGACAUCGAUGGGGACGGUAUAAAAAACAUCUUGGACAACUGCCAGAGAGUCCCGAACUACAACCAGCUGGACAAAGACAAUGACGGAGUUGGAGACGCUUGUGACAGCUGUCCCGGCAUUGCCAACCCCAACCAGUCAGAUGUUGACGACGAUCUGGUCGGAGACUCUUGCGACACCAACCAAGACAGCGAUGGCGACGGCCACCAGGACUCCAAGGACAACUGUCCCAACGUCAUCAACAGCUCGCAGCUGGACACGGACAAAGACGGCCUCGGGGAUGAGUGUGACGAUGAUGACGACAACGACGGCAUCCCCGACCUCCUGCCGCCGGGACCAGACAACUGCAGGCUGGUGUCCAACCCCGACCAGAUUGAUGCCAACAACGAUGGAGUGGGAGAUAUCUGCGAUAAAGACUUUGACGACGACCGGGUGAUUGACAUCAUGGACAACUGCCCCGAGAACGCAGAGGUCACCCUGACGGACUUCAGGGCCUACCAGACCGUGGUGCUGGACCCCGAGGGCGAUGCUCAGAUCGACCCCAACUGGGUGGUCCUCAACCAGGGUAUGGAGAUUGUACAGACAAUGAACAGUGAUCCCGGCCUUGCGGUUGGUUACACGGCCUUCAGCGGGGUGGAUUUCGAAGGCACCUUCCACGUGAACACGGCGACGGAUGACGACUACGCCGGCUUCAUCUUCGGCUACCAGGACUCGUCCAGCUUCUACGUGGUGAUGUGGAAGCAGACCGAGCAGACCUACUGGCAGGCCACGCCCUUCAGAGCCGUGGCUGAGCCCGGCAUCCAGCUCAAAGUGGUGAAAUCCAGCACUGGACCCGGAGAACACCUGAGGAAUUCCCUCUGGCACACAGGGGACACCAGCGACCAGGUUCGGCUGCUGUGGAAGGACCCGCGCAACGUGGGCUGGAAGGACAAGGUCUCAUACCGCUGGUACCUGCAGCACCGCCCCCAGGUUGGGUACAUCCGGGUCAGGUUCUAUGAAGGCCCCUCCCUUGUGGCCGACUCCGGGGUGGUCGUAGACACCACCAUGAGAGGCGGGCGGCUGGGCGUGUUCUGCUUCUCCCAGGAGAACAUCAUCUGGUCCAACCUGAAGUACCGCUGCAAUGAUACAAUCCCGGCAGACUUUGAAGAAUAUACGGCACAGAACACGACCACCCCUCCAUACUGAUCAGUGGGAUGAAGAGCAGAAUGGCUAGAGAGAGAGGAGAAACAGAAAAUCACAUCAGUGAACUUUCAAUGGGGAUAACUGCCACACCCCUCGCAAAGGAUCCUGGGUGUAAGGUGACAACACAUGCAAUGACAGCACAAACUUGGACAGUUUAAAGAACAACAGUUGCUUAUACUUGCUGCUAGGUUUUUUUUUGUUUUGUUUGUUGAGAAUAAGCAUGUACAGAGGUAUGCUUAUAUAAAUCUUAUUUGGAAUUUAUUAUAGAACAUGGUUAGAUGUGAUAUAUAAGCUAAAAAUAUGAUGUAUUGUAAUGUUUCAGAAAGCAGUCUACAAGAGAUUUGUUGACAAUUUUUUCUUUCAAUCAUAUAAUGCAAUGUCUGGUUAAGAACUUAUUCAGACUGAAAGGAAUCUCAAAAUUAUUACUUUAUUGAAAAUUAGUAACAGAGUUAGUAACAAUAGCUUUUUAAUGUGCUUGAGGAAACUGUCUUCAUAUACAAUAUCAUCACUUCCAUUUUAUAAUUUUUACUAAUGUGAUAAUAAACACAAUUCAUAAGA